GCUCGCCGUGAGAUAUGAAUAACUCCAGUGUAUGGGUAGAAAGGUGAAGAAGACAAUAAUAUCUGAGCUCAGUGUCUGAAUACAAACAGCGAGUAACAACACUAACGUGGACUUUUACCUUCUACCGCUUCUAGAAAAGUAACAGGGACUCAUUUGAAUCGUUAAAUAAGCACAGCGGGUCGCUAAUAUUUUGUUUACGUACAGUUGUUUAUUCCUACGCACGUUGUUUUAACUGUGUUGACACUUCGUAAUGUUGUCAUCGACAUUUAUAAAGUUUGUCACGUGUGAAGACAGUAUUUUUCAUCAAUGAAAUGGGAUUUACCGGCGCGAGGUAAGUGUCCGUGGGGCUGUACGUCAGUUUCAGUUGGAAAAUCAACCUCUUGAACCCGCUCGGAUACUUUAACGCGUUUAUCCAUGGAGUCUGUUGGGAAGUUUGAGUUCAGCAGGAAAGACCUGAUUGGUCACGGCGCCUUUGCAGUUGUGUUCAAAGGCAGACAUAAAGAGAAGCGUGACUGGGAAGUUGCUGUGAAGUGUAUCAACAAGAAAAACUUGGCCAAAUCACAGUCUCUGCUUGGCAAAGAAAUCAAAAUAUUGAAGGAACUGAAACAUGAAAAUAUUGUCAGACUACUUGACUAUCAGGAAAUGGGAGGAUGUGUGUAUCUUGUCAUGGAGUACUGCAAUGGAGGCGACCUGGCAGAAUACCUUCACUCUAAGGGCACGUUAAGUGAGGACACCAUCCGCGUAUUCCUGCAGCAGAUCGCUCAGGCCAUGAAGGUCCUGCAGAGCAAAGGCAUCCUCCACAGAGACCUCAAACCCCAGAACAUCUUGCUCUGCCACCCAGAGGGACGCAGGUCCAGUUCCAUCAAUACCUGCAUUAAGAUAGCUGACUUUGGGUUUGCACGUCAUCUCCAGACAAACACUAUGGCAGCCACGCUGUGUGGCUCUCCCAUGUACAUGGCUCCUGAGGUCAUCAUGUCCCAGAACUAUGAUGCCAAGGCCGAUCUGUGGAGCAUAGGUACUAUUGUGUACCAGUGUCUGACUGGAAAGGCACCAUUUCAUGCCAGCACACCACAGGAGCUCCGUCUGUUUUAUGAAAGCAACAGGACCCUCUUACCCAGCAUCCCAAAGGAGACUUCUAGUAACCUAAGACACCUACUGUUUGGGCUGCUGCAGAGAAACCACAAAGAACGGAUCAGCUUUGAUGAGUUUUUCCACCAUCCCUUUUUGGAGACGAGCUCGUCCACAAAGAAAUGCUCUCCAGCUCCCGUGCUCUCCUACCGCAGUUCAGGCUCAGGCAGUUCCUCUAGCAGCUCUUCCACAUCCCAUCUGGCCUCCCCUCAACAUUCCGAUGGAGAGAUGCACCGACUUCAGCCCAAAGCACGGUAUUCCCCUACACAGGACACUCCUGUCUUCCUGCUGAAAGAAAUAGCCAAUCAAGACGGUAGGAACACCUCAUCUGACAUAGUCACAGAAGACUAUGUUAUGGUGCCUGCCCAGUUUCCCAGUGAGUGCACAUGCGAGGUGGAAGUUGGGUCACCCAUUGAGAGUUGCCUGAUAUACAGUGGGACCACACUACUGGCUGAGAGAGGUCCUGGAGAUGCAGGAAAGACACCUCCACCCUCUCCCCUGCUACACUCUCCCUCCAAGCCUGACAGCAAGCCUGUUGAAUUUGUUGGCCGUAACUGCAGCCGAUCGGUGCCCAUUCCUGUCCCAACUCAGAUCCAAAACUACCAGCGUAUGGAACAGAACCUGCAACCUGUCGGAUUGCAUGGCUCCACCAGGGCCACACUCUGCUGUGCUGGCAGCAGCAGUGAAAGCUCCCCACAAUGUGGAGGCUGUAGAGCUCCAGGUCCAGGAUUUGUCCUCAACUCCCCAAGGCUAGCAACUGGAGGAGCCCGACCACAACAGUGCUCCCCACUAGUGGGAAUGACCCCAAAGACCUCAGAGCAGACUCUCCCGCUCAGCACAAGAACUGGAUUGCUCCACAGCUCUCCUUACGUGCAGGACACCUCUAGGCCCAAGCAGGUUCAAUCAAUAAUGCCAAACCGAAACAAGACAGUCCCAGACCUGCAAUCCCUUGACCCAUCUCCUGCUUCCCAGACCAACCUCAACAGGAAAUCAGCCAAUAAAAAGGGCCCUUUUAAAAGAUCACUGAGCACAGGCAGGCUGUCUGACAUGCUACUGAAGGCGGCCUUUGGAGCUCACCUUUUUGAAGAGGGAAGUGACGAGAGCCUCAGCUGUGAGAAAAGCAUGGAUAUAACAGCUCCACCUACUGGUUGUCAUAGAGGCUUUCAGUACUCAGACAGCCCACCUCCUGUAGUCUUCACAAUGGGUUCUCCGUCCAAAGGAAACACUCUUCCUGAUACCAUGGUAUCAAGGGUGUUCUCAGGCUCCCCCAGCUACAUUAACUCAGCCUGGCUACUUAACAGUCGCCUUCUCCAGGGAGGAAGCCGUAGAAACAGUGAAACUGAAGCCAUGGAUGCUACUCCACACAGCAGUCCGAUCUUUCACCCUCCAGAGCUCCCUGAAGAUACACUGAUGGAGCAAGCUCAUACAGAUGCUCUGAGCGACCUGCGUUUCACCUUGGCUUUUGUCCACUGUGUCAUGGAAUUGGCUUCUUCUAAGGACCCAGGCCUGGAUGCCAUCAGCAGUCCUGAUGUUUCCUUUCUAGAGCAGAGCUUGGUGACAGAUCAGAUCAGCCUUCUGAGUAAAGAAUGGAGCUACGCAGAGCAGUUAGUGUUGUACAUGAAGGCUGAAGAGUUUCUGUCAUCAGCACUGCACACUGCUAAAGAGAAUAUCAAACAAGACCAACUCCUUCCCUCUGCCACAGUCAAACAAGUGAUCAGGAAGCUGAAUGAAUUGUACAAGAACUGUGUAGCAUACUGUCGCUCCCUCAACCAUCGGCUGCAGACCUUCUUGCUUGACAAACAGAAGCUUAUAGACCGCUUCAAUGGACUCACAGCAGAGAAGCUCAUUUACAGCCACACUGUGCACAUGGUACAGUCUGCUGCUUUAGAUGAGAUGUUCCACUACGGCACAGCAUCAGUUCAGCGCUACCAUAAAGCCCUUUUGCUGAUGGAGGGUCUGUCCCGAAUCAUCACAGAGCAGAAGGACAUUGACAGCAUAGAUAAAUGUAUGUGACAGCACUAUGACACACAAACACCAGAAGGUAAGCAGUGUAUUGAGCGACGCCUUUCUGCUCUGCAGACUUAACAGUAUCCGUGAGCUCUACAACUGCGUCCCAAGAAACUGCAUUAUCUUGCCUCAUCCAUCUCCCCUCAAUGUAGAUGGAUCCUCCUAGACUGUCAAUACACACAAGCACUUUGAUUGGUCUUAAGGGAAAUGACCACUGGAGCAUCUGCUCUUAUCCCACCACCCAGUCUGUAAUCUUUACAUAAAUGCACAGAAAAAACUGAAAGUCCUGUUUUGGAGAAGUUCUUGAAGACAGUUUGUGUUAUGAUUGUUUGAAUACUUUGAUCAGGUAAAUUGUUCUCAGUAUUUGUUUUGUUACAGACUGUAUAUGUUAGUGUGUUGUUUUGUGUUUUGCACAUAGAACAAUCAGAUUAUAUAAUAACUGAUUUGAAAUGUGUUGUACUUUGAAACAAAGAUCAUUUAGUUGUUUUCAGUAUUUGAAGCGUUUUUGUUAUGUGUAUAGUACAAGUUCACCGGCUAACAGGAGUCCAAAUAUUUUGGAUGAGAUGACCAAAUACUGCAAAUGUGUAGCAGUAAUAGUAAAACUGCGCCUGCUUUUUGUUGUGGAUGUAAAGGUAAUGAAAGUAUGUUUUGACCUCAUACAGAAUAAUUGUCGUACAGUCAUGUAGACUAGUAGUAGAAGUAUAUUUUGACAUUUGAAUGAGAUUUUAGUUUUACACAGAUCCAACAAUGUCCCCCCUCAGGUGGUGAUGUACUCAGUAAUGAUGAGGUACUUGUAGUGAUAUUAAGUGCCCACAUUGCUCAUGUUUAUCUGCUGUUUUGUAUGUGUGCACAUUCAGCUGUUUGGAUUAAUGUAAAAAGAUUGUUAAUUUGUGAAUUAAUUUGUACAUGAUUUUUGCCUGAUAGUACACUAGUUUAUUACAAUUACAUAUUCAAUAUUUUGUGAAAAUUUUAGUGUUACAACACACGUUUGUUAGAAUUUAUCAAAUUGCCUUUUCUACUUUUAUUUUAUGACUGCCUGUCAAAUUUGCCAAAAUAAGUUGUUACACACUGUGUGAUAAAAAAAAAUGUAUUGUUAAAA